AUGGCUGAAAACAAAAAGACUGUUCUCAUCGUUGGUGGCGGCGCAGUCGGUGCAAUUGCAGCAGUCAAUCUCGAGGUUGGUGGACUUGCAACAGUUACUGUCGUACUACGGUCCAACUAUAAUGUCGUCAAAGAUGAAGGUUACACGAUCAAGAGUUGCGACCAUGGCAACCUGAAUGGUUGGAGACCUAGUGUUGUUCGCAACACUGUUCCCAACCUCAUCGAAGAAAACCUUGAACCAUACGACUACGUCGUCUUGUGCACCAAGAAUGUUCCCGAUGUUUCGCCAACAGCAGUCGAUCUUAUCACACCAGCACUGCCCAAGAACAGCAACAAAACUACUCUUCUUCUCUUACAAAACGGAUUGAACAUUGAAAAGCCUUUCUUGCGCCCGCAUCCCACCAUCCCGAUCCUCUCUGGUAUCUCGAUGAUUGGUAGCGAGGAAUCUUUGCCUGGCCACAUCGUACAAGAUGAAGCGGAUAGGCUGCUCGUCGGUGCCUUCCCUACAUCAAACAUCAAUCCCGCUGUACCAGAACGAAGAGCAGAGGAGUUUGUUGAAAUUUAUAGUAAAGGUGGGAAGACCAACUGCCAGUAUUCACCAAACGUUCUACAUGAUCGCUGGAAGAAGCUCGUGUUCAAUGCCUGUCUGAACCCGAUUUGUGCCAUUACAGGUCUGGAUGAUGGACGCCUACGACUCGCUGACGGAGCGUUGGACGGCUUGGUCAGGCCUGCGAUGCGAGAGAUUGUCGCAGCAGCAAAAGCAGUUUGUGGUGUGGAGCUCACGGAGGGUGUGGUCGAAGAGACGAUCCAUGUUGACCCCUUGGAGAGCUACUUGAAGCCGAGUAUGCAGCAAGAUCUAGAGAAGGGCAACUUUAUCGAGUUCGAAAACCUGUUGGAAGUAGACUGCAUCCUCAUUCCGUAG